AUGGCAACAAAAGCUGCAGUCAAUCUCCUUGGUAAAACGGCUAGACCAAUAAUCGGAACUCAAGUCCCGCGCCUCCACCGCUUCCUGUCCACCAACCCUAUCAGGAACCAAGUCCAGACACUCCUGCAGGACAAAGACAAUGGUUUUGGUUUUAUAAGACACAAUCCGAGGACACCGAAGCCUCGGACCAAGGGCGUGACCGAAAUCCGAGGACCUUACUACUCCUCAUACGGGAAGAGGCACCUUCAAGAUGUCCUGGAGACGAUGGGCUACCAUGUCGAUGGCCUCAAGUUUGCGGGAGGCAGCUUUUCCUUGAUGCCGGAGCAGAGCGUUCGGGAGCUCAUUGACCUAGCGCACGAGCAUCAGGUGUAUGUCUCGACCGGAGGAUGGAUGGAGCACGUGCUCACUCAACCUGAUUCGAGCACCAUGGUAGAGAAAUAUCUCAGCAAAUGCAAGGAUUUGGGUUUCGAUGUGAUCGAAAUAUCUUCGGGGUUCUUGUCAUUCCCACCCGAUGACUGGCUACGCUUGGUGGACAAGGUACAUAGUAUGGGGAUGAAGGCGAAACCAGAACUCGGCAUCCAAUUUGGUGCCGGAGGUGAUACCUCAGCGGAGGACUUGGAGUCAACAGGCACCUCUGAUCCGGCCAAAGUCAUCAACCUUGGCAAAAAGUUCAUUGAGGCUGGAGUGGAAAGAAUGAUGAUUGAGAGUGAGGGCAUCACUGAGAACGUGAAGAGCUGGCGCACAGAUGUGAUCCAGUCCAUUCUGCGAGACCUGCCCCAAGAGAAGGUCAUGUUCGAGGCAGCCGAUCCGCCAGUUUUCAACUGGUAUGUCCGUGAGUUUGGCAUCGACGUCAACUUGUUCGUCGACCACUCGCAGAUUGUGCAAUUGACUUGCCUGAGACAAGGCAUUUGGGGCAUGGCGGACACUUUUGGUAAGAUUGUGAGCUACCGAGAAUGA